AAUCUGAUCGUUGUAGUUUUCUAAUCAUUUUCUCUCAUUCAUUUCAUUAAUCUGAUCGUUGCGAUUUUCUAACCAUCUUCUCUCAUUCGUUCGGCCAAUCCGAUCAUUGUGGUUUCUAACUGUUUUAUCUCAUCUGUUCGAUUAAUCCGAUCAUUGUGGCUUUUUAGUCAUUUUUUCUCAUUCGUUUGGUCAAUCCAAUCGUUGUGGUUUUCUAACAGUUUUCUCUCAUUUGUUUGGUUCAUUCGAUCAUUACGGUUUUCUAACCGUCUUCUCUCAUUCGUUCGGUUGGCAAGCAAAAAGGAAAUGUCGCGAAAAAGGUUAAAUCUUUUGCUCUCCAGAAACUUCUUCUUCCCCACACACCCUGGCCUUCUCCCUGGGCCCCAAGCCCCGUGCCCUACCCCUCUGCACCAGCCUUGCUCUGCACCUGCUCCUGCGCCCGGCCUCGCCCGAACCAACGCCCCUGCUUUGCCCCAGAUCCCUUGCCUUGCACUCGAGCCUUGUGCCUGCACCGAGCUUGGCCCCAAUCUCGUGCCUUCUGCACCAGAUCCCCUGCCCUUUCUACGCUCGAAUCAUCUGCACUCUGCACUAGCCAUCACCGGCAAUCAUGCCCUGCACGCCCGAGCCAUCAUAUCCCCCCUACGCCCCUCUACUGCACCAAAUCCCCUGCCCCCUUCUGCCCCCGAAUCGCCUGCACUCUGCAUCCCACUGCCGGCAAUCAUGCCCCUGCACGCCCAAGCCAUAGUCAGCCAUCAUACCCCCCCUACACCCCUCUGCUGCAGCCCGAUCCGCACCCCUCUGUGCCCCCUGCUGCUGCACCGAGCCUAGCCCCAAUCUCCACCUCUGCUGCACUGAGCCUACAGCCAUGCCCCUGCCCCAUCUACAAAAAAAGAACAACAAUGCCAGACAAAAUUGGCAUCAUUGGUGAUUGACAGAGCAAGGCCCCCUUUUUUUUAUUUCAUUUUUUAUUGUUAUCAUUUUGGGUGUAUAUAUAGAGCAAAAGGCAGAGGUCUUUGGGUGGAUUUUGGCUAUUUUAUUUUGGGGGGAUUUUUUUUUUGGUUGAUUCUGAGGCUCUUUUGGUUGAGUUCGGUGUUGCCAACGACGAAAAAAAGAGGGUUUUCUUUGGAGGCCACGGUAGAAGAAGAACGCACAUUUCUGGGUUUUUGCAUUAGGUAAAAAUCUCUGAAACGGAGGAUUCUUUUAGGGAAAUGGUGAAGGAAAUGGUGGGAGCCUGAUCCCGUGGGUGGGAUUCCUCCCAUCAAAUCCAGACCUGUUUCUUUCCCUUUAAGAAACUGCCAUUUUAUUUCUUUUGUGAUUUGUUGUUGAAGUCUCUUUCUUUAGGUUUUGAUGUUAGAUUUGUGUAUGUUUGCUGGAAAUGAAUGAAAAAUCAAGGAAUGAUUUAGCUAAAAAGAACUCUGCCGUGGGUGUUUUCCUUAUUUUUGGUUGAUGUUUUUCUGCAUUUUUUUCUCUCUUUCUUUAUCUGAUGUUAAGUUGUAUGUGUUUUACUGGAGAAUGAAUAAAAAAAAAAUUUCUUG